AAGCCUGCCUGCCCACAGGCGGCGUUGUUAGUUAUGGCGACCAACAGACUACAACAUUAUUUCAACGGGCUUGAUUUUUGCUGUUAUACCUGCUGGUGGGGCUUUGUUAUGGGAUAUUCACUUUGGACAAGAUGUAUGCUGUGAUGGAACUGUAGUGGAAGCUGAUCUUUGUUCAGGAUAUAAUUAUCAUUAGCCAUGACGUCACGCAACAGAGCACAAGGGGAAUCACUCCCCCUCUCAACUUUCGGAAAACGGGGUGGGGACGAAGAGGGCACUCAUGUUGUCACCAACAGUCUGUAUGCGAAUCCGUGGAAAAAUUCACCAAACCGAAAUGGCACACCAGAUGGUGGCACCUCAGAGGAGCGACUUCGUUUCCUACCCCCUCCAGUAAAACUGGACCCUGGUUGGGAGGCAACGGAUCGCAACCCAGAUGAACUCAACUUCCGUCUUCAGACUAAAGUGGAAGAACUAGAAAAACAGCAGCCAUCAGACAGGUUUUUCCUGGUAUACAUUAUAAUGGUUAUUCAUGGAAUAGGAAUCCUGAUGCCUUGGAAUAUGUUCAUAAAUGCCAAAGAUUAUUUUGAGAAUUUCAAGUUGAAUUCGACCGAGACCUCAAAUGACAGAGUAGCUGAGUACAGCAAGAACUUCAUGAGCUAUGUAGGAAUCUUCUCACAGGUGCCCAAUGUAUUGAUGAGUGCGUUCAACCUCUUCUGUCAGUGUGGAAGCGGCAGUCCAAGUCUGCGUAUAGUUCUCAGCCUUCUAAUCAUGGUGUGUGUCUUCAUUGUUACUGUGGUGCUGGCUAUGAUAGAUACCUUUGCUUGGCCUGAGCUUUUCUUCUGGGUGACUAUGGCAUCUGUAGCAGUUUUAAACAUGGCAUGUGGCAUAUACCAGAACAGUAUGUAUGGUGUAGCAGCUAAUCUGCCCAUGAGAUUCACAAACGCCAUCGUCCUUGGAAAUAAUUUAUCUGGAACUUUAGUUGCUGUGUUCAAUAUUAUAUCCAUUGUCAUUUCGCCAAACACCAGGACUGCAGCCAUCUACUACUUCGUGACGGCCAUAGUGUGUCUCCUCAUUGCAUUUGAUGCAUACUACAUCUUGCCAUUAACUAGAUUUUACCGCCACUUCAAAAUGCUGGUAAAGUUGAAGAAAGAAGCAUCUCCUUCUCAAAACCAGAGUGAGUCUUGUGGUCAGACAAUCCGCAGGUACUGGUCUGUGUUCAAAGAGAUCUGGGUGUUGAUAUUCUGUGUGUGGUUUGUGUUCUUCGUGUCAUUGAUGCUCUUCCCUGCCAUCCAGAGCGACAUUGAGAGAAUCCACUUCCCAAUUUCAGAUGCCUAUUUCAAGCCGAUCUUCUGUUUCCUUAACUUCAACUUCUUUGCUUUGCUUGGCAACAUAACAACUGAAUUGGUGAAAGUGCCUGGGCCCCGGUUUGUGUGGAUUCCAAUCGUUAUCCGUGGACUGUUCUUCAUCCCAUUUUAUGUGCUGUGUAACUUCCGCCCAGAAGUACGCACAAUUCCAGUCCUCAUCAACAAUGACUAUGUUUACAUCAUUGGUGCAGCAUUGAUGGCAUUCACCAGUGGCUACUUCAGCAGUUUGUGUAUGAUGUAUGCACCAAAACAAGUAGCACCAGAAAAUGCAGGCACUGCUGGCAUGAUGAUGGCUUUCUUCUUAGUUCUUGGUAUUUCCUGUGGUAUCAAUUCCUCCCUGGGACUUGUCAAGCUCGUUGAGAUUUUCUAAAUUCAGUUCCGGUGGUAAUCUGCUGGGUUAUGCUGUGACUCUGGGAUGUAUCCAAGUGUUUGAAUACAUUGAAACCGUGUUAAUAUGGACACUACUAUUCCCAGUGAAAUCAUCUGGAUUAACUGUUCAUGGGUAUGUGGUAGUGUCCCUUCAGUUGUAUGUCCAACAGUCAUCAUUGUGAAUGAGGGUUCCAAGUGGGGUGGACUAACAUGGCUUCACUGUGUAAGAAACAGUUUCUUUCAGGUUUGUCUGGGCCCAUUUGCGCAAAGCAAUCUUAGCGCUAAGAUGACCGUAACUCCCAUACUUUAACAUAGGCUUACGAUAGUCUUAGCGCUAAGAUCGCUUUGUGCAAGUGGGCCCUGGAGUUUAUUUUAACAUUUGUGAGUGGACUAUACAAGCAAUCUAUACAGCAUGCUAAGUGGCUUAGAGGAAGGCAUGUCCUAUAAAACAGUGUUCAUCUCCUUGGGAAGGGAGUGAAACAAGGAGCACAGGUGAUUGUUUUGCAUUGGACUGAGUGGUUAGUCCUGUUUGGUAUGUGAAUUCAACUCUCAUCAUCCCAAUGUAUAACAUUCCUCAAUGUUAUCAUUUAUGUCAUAUUGGAUGCUACACAAUUUACCAAUGAAGUAUGACCUUUAUUUUCAACUUUGUCUUAUGUUUCGAGAGUUGAUAGCAAUUAAUGACAUAUUUUCUGACAUUUGAAGUUAAUAAGAAGAAACAGAAGUGUACUGGAAUAGAAUGAUUUGAAAACUCAAUACCCAUUGCUUGAAAUUUCUCAAUAUUGUUAAGGCAUUUAGCACAUUCAUGAAGAGAAGACAGCAGGCUAACCAGAAGAAGCUAUAAUCUUUUGUUGCCAUUCACAAGUGCUGUAACAACAGAGGUUAUGUCCCAGAAGGAAAGAAGAAAGUGAAGUGUACAUGUAUGUGAAUAACUGAUCCAGGUUAUGGUGACAUGCCUCGAUAGUUAGUUCUGUCGUUCAUGUAUCCAAUAAAUAGAAUUUAUACGGUCCACCUUUGUCAGUGCCAGUACCAGUACCAGUUCUAUAUAAACUCUUGUAAAAAAACAUGCAUGUCACAUGGGUGUGUUUAUAUGUAUUUGUAUAAUUGUUAAAAUAUAAUUGAAUCCCAGAAAUAUGUUGAAUACUUUUUGCAUGUUAUUUUUUUUAAUAAAUUAUUCAUUCUCUGUUCUUGUUAACAUGGUUAAGGUAAUCUUCCUGACAUGUCACUUGUUUCUAUCUGGUGACAAGUAUGAAUAUAACGAUGCCUUGCAGUACAGUAGACUGUGAAAUCAUUAACUUUUUGUGUUUGGGUUGUUGGAGGCAGUGGCAGCAUUUGUCAUUCACAGCAGGACCAUAUGGACACUAAGUAGACAUAUUUCUUCAAUUCCAACAGGAUGUGUCAGAUUCUCAAAUUUAUGGUGAUUGGAUAUAAGAAGAUGUAUCAGUAAUAUGAUAAAAAGAUUACAGAGUUAGUACUGCAAGGUAUUGCGGUGUUGUUCAGACACUUGAUGUUUGAAGUUUACUGUGCCUGCCAUAAUAAUAUAAAGAAACUUCAUUCAUCAUUUGCUCUUAAGAAUCAAAUGAACUGCAUAUUCUUGGAACAAUCAACAUAUUACAUUUCUCUUUACAGCACCUGAAUGUUGUUGUCAUAACAAUCAGUGGCCACCUGCAUUGGUUAAAUGAGAUGUGUGAAUGUUAUAUAAGUCUAUACACUCAUGUUUGAAAACUUUUUAAAACUGUUUUUUUAAUACAAUUCUGAUUAGAUUUCAUUUGGCAUUAGUGAACAUAUAUUUUGAAUGUCUUAUGUUAGAGUGUUAUGAAGACUGACAUAGGUCUUGGAAUUUUUCACAUGGAUUGUUAAUAAAUGAAGUUGUUUAUGCUGUUGUGUGUGAUAAGUGAUUGUUGACCUUUUUAAUGGAGAAAUGGUUAAGUUAUUUUUAACAAAUUCUUUUUGUUUUUGUGUGGAUAGAAUACACACAAUUGAAUAUUUGCAAAAUCUUAUUACUAGUCCAAGAUCGGAACAGCUUUAAUGCACUUCUGAAGUAAAUAGCAAACUCUGUAUUUUCACAAAAAUAUGCUCUCUUACAAAUACACAUAUUCAUAUAUCUCAAAUAUAUUAUAUACAUGUAGCACAUUGUUGACAGAUUUCACAUGGUGAUACCAGAAUAGAUUUCACUGGAUUGAAAACAUGUGAGAAUGUUUUUACAACUGUAACACAUCACAUUAUUAUUUAGUGAUAGAACCACUCUUUAUGACAUCAAAUGUGGCUAUAUUAAUAUAAAAGUGACCUUUAUGUUUCAUCAAUAUUUAGUUUCAAUAUAAGUUAUUUUAUUGCCAUGACACAAACUAAGAUUUGAAUGAAAUUAGUCUGUGCCCAAAACAUGUCACCAUUCGAGUGUUUAUGGGUUUCACCUCAUAUUUUGUCUGUUAUUUUCUUGUUCCUUGUGUAUAUCAUUUCUGGAUCAUGUUGAUAUAGGACAUUACAUUCCCAAGUGAAUGGAGUGGUCUCACAUUAGUGUUAUAGUAUGAUUGUAGACAUUUUGUUUAGGAUCUGUCUCUCAGGGCACAGGUGGCCCAGUCGUCUAAGGUGUCGCCUUUUGCUUUGGAGAGUUGUGUCCCUUAGGCAUGCUAGAAACCUGUUGGUUGGUUGAGUCCUGGUUUGCAGUGAUUAUGUAUAUAAGCUUGUGGGUUUCAGCAACAGGGUAAACGUCUAAGACUGGCAUCAUGGGUUUUCCAGCCACAUCAAGUUGACAUGCCAUGAUAUAACUAAAAUAUGAUUAAUGCAGCAUUUAACUCUAACUCCCUCACUGACUAUCAUGUACUCCAAUGAGGAAAUACUGACCCCUGUGGCAGAGACACGUAAGACUAUAUCUUGGCCUAUCAUAUGAUGUAUGUGAAAGAAAGGUUUAUGUGUCAGAAUUGACAUUGGAACUUGUUUUGAUUCUUAUGAAAUUUAGGAUGGUUGUCAUGCAUCUUGACUGUCUAGGAAGAGAGGCUGUGCUGUGUUGCUUCUAGCCAUGUCAUGGACACAACUUAUCUGUUAUUAAAGAUGCUUUUAAGGGGCGUGUUGGAGUUUGUGGGUUUCAAUCAGUUGAUAACCAAAUGUGUUAUGUUAAUGUGAAAUAUGUUAUACUUCUAGUAAUAUAGGAGCACCAUGUAUUGUCAGUGUCUUAUUAUUUUCUCAUGUUACCACGAAAAUGAUGAUGGUUAGAUUUGUAUAGGAUUAAUACAUUUUAACUAAUAUUCAGUAUUUGAACUUGUACUGUAAAAUACCACAUACAAGGAACCUGAUGAAACAAAGACCAGGACCAGAGUCAGUCAAGAGUAUUCACCUUCUAACACAACACGGGGCAGGGGUGGCCCAGUCGCCCAAGGCGCCGUGAUUUGCUGUGCAGAUUUGCGUACCUUGGGCAUGCCCGAAACCUAUGAUUGUGGGUUCGAAUCCAGGUUCGCCCCGAUCAUGUUUCUAGGUUUGUCAGCACCAUACCCAUGCUCGUGGAUUUUUCUGAAGUGGUAAACGUCCAAGACCUGCACCACUUCGGGCUUUCCACCCACAUUAAGCUGACAUGCUGUGAUAUUACUGGAAUAAUGUUAAAAGUGGCAUUAAACCCAACUCACUCACUCUAAAACAACACCUACCUCAAACAUUAGGUUACAUUUAUCCAUGUGUGUAUUGAAUCUUGUGCAAGCAUGUACUUACCCUAUUGAGGCAAUCACUGGAUUGUCUGGUCCAGACUCAAUUAUUUACAGACCGCCGUCAUAUAGCUGGAAUAUUGCUGAGUGCGGCAUUAAGCAACAACCAAACAAAACAAACAAACAAAACAUUAGCUUGGUGAAAGAUCACCAGGGAAUCAAACAGCUAUUAGUGUCCAGAGUUACGAACUUCCAUGGACUGUGAAAACAACUGUGUCAAACUACUGUUUUUUAAACUUUUAUUUUACACAAUUCUAAAUCAUCGAAUGUUGACGUUUUUUGAUAGAUACUACUGUUUUAAAAAGCCUAACAAGUGUUAAUGUCUGUAAUUUUGACAGCUGCAGACCAAUAUUUAUCUCAUUUGUUACUGGUUUCGAUGCCAGACAAAACUUUGUUUUUAGUGCUGUUAUUUGUGGUCAUUUUCGUUUUCUUUCAGAGAAGUUCCUGGAAUGUGUUUGAUGUCUGGAAUGUUAAACAUAUGUGAAUGGUCCCUUCCAUUGUUGUUUUCAGUGUAUAUGAUAAUAGGUUAUUAGUACCCAUGGUCCACUUGACUUAAAAAAAUUAUCUUUCAGGGAAAUGGACGUGAAAAUAAUGUUAAAACCUAGUACACUGACCUACAUUGUCAUUUCUUUUUAACAUACAUAUAUUACAUGUCAUGUAUCAUGUAUGACUAUGGAUAUUUUCAAGGAGUGGUUAUUUGAGAUUCAACUUGGACGAACUAUGUGACAUUAGUCCAUCAGUGUUUAUGAUGUGGGUCAUUUAAGAACAAGAGGAAUUGCGCAUUGGCAUGUCCUAGGAUAAGCUGUGCUUCAGCUUAUUAAAGUAUCUGAUUCAGAUAUCUUUUAUGUUUGUUAGUUUUCAAACUUUAACAUGAUGUUGUUCUCUUUUUUUUCCCAAAACACUGUAUUUUUGUAUGAAUUUCUCUUCCAAACAUUCAUGCAUAUCCUUUUUACUUGUGACAGUCUAUUUUGGAAAAUAAGAUGUAGUUUGUCCUUAACCAAGGUUUGUCAGCAUGUUCAGAUGAAGUCAUUUAUUUUAUCUUUUCGUAUAAGCUGUUUGUAACCAUGGUGAAACAUGGUUAAGUAGGCAUAUCCAUUAUAACUUUUAUAGUUUCAGAAAACUGUUUUAUUUUCAAAUUUAAUAUUAAAGACAGGGAACCAGCUCACUCAGUUUAGAUAGUUUGUUAGUUGUACAUUUUAUACUUUUAUUACCAGCAAAUAAAUAUUCCUUCUAAAAACAGUUUCAUCUGCCAAAGAGUCUAUUUUCCUAUGCUACCAAACUAUGCACUCUGCAAUGCUUUAUACUAUUACCAUUCCUUUGUACCUGGAAGGGUGCCAUCUAUUGUGUCUUUAUUUCUCUAUUUUGUGAGUUAUUUUGUUCCAACUAAUCAUUAUCUUGUGUCAUGUGUCAUGACUUGGUUCUAACACAAAUUACCACUAAGCUUUGUAUAUGUACUGCUCAAAACAAGAAUAGAACACCCAAUACCAACCAGACAGAAUAACUAUGCCCGUAUGAAAACAUCAGGUGUUUUUUAACUCCUUUUCACUAGUAUAUAUUGAGGCAGCCAAGUGAUGACCAAUCUGUAUGAGUAUGAAGUUUGUAAGUAACUGGAUAACAUAUUGUUAUUUCUUUCUUUGUAAUGUCGAACUAACCGUCCGGCCCAUGUUUAAUGUUGUCUAACGCACUUUCACAUGUUCGUAUCUGAAUCCAUCCUGCAUUAUGUUCCCUGUUGGCAUUUCCAAGUUAAUGGUUGUGCCUUCGAUUGAUCUAGAAAAGGAUGCCCACUCUUUUCCAUACCAACAAGUUACAUUCUAAUUAUGUACUAACAUAUUGUUUUUGUUCAUGAUUAUAAUGCACAUGUGAGGGGUCUUUGUGUCCAAUACUGUUCAGAUAAUGUUGUUCUGAACAAGUCUUAAUUAUUUGUACAAGAAGGUUUUUUUGUUCUGUGGAUUUAGACAACAACAAACUGUUAUGUUCAGCUUCAAUGUUUUGGACUUCAGUAUCAUGCUCUGUUCAUGUGUCUAUUAUUUGUCCAGAGUGAUUGGUUUGAAAGCAUAUGGUCCUGUCCAUGUUUGAUCCUAUCAUCUGUUACCUGUGGGAUUAUUCAGUACAUGUUUAAUGUGUAUUUGGGCUGUUUUUGUUCAUGUACAAAUAUAUGUUUUACUCCUUUUCAUGACAGUCACUACCUUGACAUAUUCACUUUCAAAAUUAUACUGAAAAGAUUUCUUGCAAUACUUUGAUAUUUAUUAAUAGUAUCCUUAUUUCAAACUUUCAAAUUUAUAAGCCUUGAGGACAGUUGUUUCUGUAAAUAAGAAUUUUUAUUGAUCACAAACUAUAAUUGUAUUCUUGAGAAUCAAGUUUAGAAUAUUUCAGUGAAGACCUGACCAUACGUUAUGAAAGGUUUACUAUUGAACAUCCUAACAACAUUCCGCCCAUCUCUUGUGCAAAGUGUAAAUCACUUUGCCUCUUCAUGUUCUAUGAGGUAUGUUUUGUUUGUGAAUAUUGCCUUAUCAUUGAUGUGAUAGACUAGGAGUAAGAUACUAAGAUAACCAGUCCCACACAUGUUGAGAGGCAACAAGCUGCCCAACCCAAGGAUGCUGUUGAUGAGCAACUUGGGUGGGGGGGGGGGGGGGGGGGGGAAAUGAAUUCUCAUAAUUUUUUAUUACAUAUGUUUUCUAACAUCUGCUUUUGAGUAAUUUUGAGAAAAGAUAAUGGAAGAUUCAUGUUAAAGUUGGAAAUCUAAUAACCAUAUGCAAGAAAUAUUUUUAAAGAUUCCAUGUAGCAAUUUACCAGCUGGUAUUUGAAUAUUUUGUUUUUCCUUAAUCUAAAUUUGUCAUUGAUGUAGAUUGAAGACAUUCUCUUUUGUAUAGGCAAACGCCUUUUAACUAUUUUUGUGUAGGUUAGUUUGAUUGUAUGUAAAUGUUGGAUAUUAUCUUAGUUUAUAUUAAACUAAUAAUAAGCAAUAUGAUCCUUAAACUUUAUGUACAUAAUUUGUCAUUUGCCAUAUUUUUAAAUAAUACAAAUUGAAAGGUAUAAUGUUUCGCCAUUAGAUAUUAUCAGUUAGAUUGGCAUGUUCAAUUAUAAUUUCUCGUAGGACAUUGUAACGACCAUUAGAGCUGUUAGGUUUUUAGUAAUGUUUGCUUUUCCAAGACUAAGUAUGUAUUCAGUACAGCAUUUUCAAUUCAAUGAUACUCAGGGUUAUUUAUGAUUCUGCUUUGUAAUGAAGUAAUUUACUGAUCAGCAUAUUUUUAUAUUUAUUGCUAUUUUUGGAAUUUGAUAACUGUUAUGUGGUGAUAAAUUGAGUUAAAAUAGUGAUAGGUUACUAAGUACCGGUAAUCGAGCAAAAUAGCUUGGCACUGACGCAAAGGAUGUUUAUUCACUUUAUUGCAACAGCCUUAUCCAACAACUCAUCAAACAUUUAGUAGUCUAUCCCAGUGGUAAGUGUGUUUGCCUUGAAUGUAGAUGGACUGGUUCAGUUCACUCCUUUGGAUGUUUUAUUUAUGGGAAACAUGUACAAGGUGUACUGUGGCUAAUCUUAAAUAAUGAUAUAAAAAGGGUUUUUUUACAUGUGAAAGAACAUCAUAGAACAUUGUCUAACCUAGAGGUACCACUUCAUCCCUUUGAUUAACAUGAAUAUCAAAAAUGCUUUGUGCAUCACAAACCAAAGAACAAUGGAUUGCUUAAAUGUGUACUAUAUAUUGAUAAAACCAUGCAACUAAAAAUAGUUUCAUUUUUGUUAAUGUGAACAUCAAGGCCAGAUUAAUGUUUUCCCCUUUCUCAAAUACAUUUUGUCAGUCUACAAUUAUGUAGGAUGUGAAAGAAAGAAAGGGCUUACUUCAAACUCACGAAUCUUUUUAUCAUUUUGAUCCAAGACAUCUUGGCUUAACCAAAUGCUGCUUUGUUUGGAUCUUGACUGUAGAAGUUCAGCCUAAUUUCAAUUAAUGAUGGCCCUAAUGUAGUUGAAAUCAAAUUUUAAGUAUACCUUGAAAGCAAAAACAUCAAACUUAGCAUUUAUGAAUUAAUUCUGAAUACAUAAUUAUAUAAAGAGCAUCCUCACAAAGUCAUGUAGUUAUUCUAAUACAUGCAGUCUGGUGGGCUACUGUUGUUUGUCAAGGUGCAUGUAAUCCUUAAGUUAUGUAGAUUGAACAUCUUUUGAAUGACCUCCAGAAAUAUUUAUUUUGUGAGAUAAAGGUUUGAGUUGAUCCUUGACAAGAUAUUUGAUUUGGUGCAGUAGUGAAUGUAAAGUUGUAGCUCCUUUCAAGUGUUUACCCAUAGAUUUAAUUAUCCAUUAAUUUGUGUGUAGCCAAGGCCCAUUCCAUUGUCCUGUAGACCUGCUGAUUCAAUAUUGUCACUUCAAAGCAACUGUUAUAUGGUUAUCAUACUGUUUGAAUAAAUCAUCACCAUAU